CCUCGAGGAACACAAAGCCGGGGCAGCUGGUCUCGCUGUUCCGCCGCCAGAGCGGAACUACAGCGGGCAGCCGGUGUUCUGGGCGGGGGCUUUACAGCGGCGCACACGGGGAGCCCCGCUCCUUCCGCCGGGUGCUUCGUCCCUCCCGUCCCCUGCACCGGAAGCCGGUUGCUGCUGCGCGUGGCCGCGCUCCUUGCGGUUCCCUGGGGCGGGGCCUUCUGCUAAGGCAAAUAUGUUUCACCUUGUACAGCGAUGUUGUUCCCACAUACCUUUAAAACUCCAGAAGCUUACCCUUCACAGACUACAACAGUAUGGCAGGAAUAAGACCAUUUAUUCUUCUCCUCUUGGUCCCCCUCUGCAAAGAGUUCUUUCCCGGCCAUCAAGACCUCAGCUCUUCAGCCUGGCCUCAGCCUGUGGAACCAAGGCCCAGGGAUUCCAUUGCUCCCUCCGCUGUUUAAAGAAAAAGAAACCAAAAGAUCCUGAACCCCAACAAGGGCUUCUGCGCCAUGAUAUGAGGUCACUAAAGGACUCACCAAAGCCUGCCUCUUACCUGGUCCUUGCAGGGUUGAUUCCAUUUGUUUCAGUGCCACUGAUAAUGGCUAUCCAACAGACCUACUACCCCGAGCUGGCAUUUGCUCAAAUGACAUAUGGGGCCACUAUAGUCUCUUUUCUAGGAGGAGUCAGGUGGGGAUUUGCUCUCCCAGAAAAUAGCCCAGCCCCUCCUGAUUGGAUGAACUUAGGGAGCAGUAUAGUUCCCCCUUUAUUAGCCUGGUAUGCCAUACUUUUUAAAGAGGACCUCACUCAAGCUGCAAUCAUGGUGAUAAUUGGUUUAGGGGUAGCAUUGCAUUAUGACCUUGCUUUUCUUCCUACUUAUCCCAGCUGGUUUAAAGCCCUAAGGGCAUUACUAACAGUGGUGGCAGUAUUUUCAUUGGUAGCCACCUUGGUACUUAUGGAUGUUUUUCCAGAGAAGCAGCUAAGUAACAGUGCAAGUAAAAGUAAAUGAAAGUGACUCAUCAUAAACCACCUGUUAGGCCACUGCAGAGUUUUGUACGAAGUUCUAAUAGGAGUAAAAUAAACUGCUUGGCUUCUCCAUGCUUCCAGGACCACAUCCAUGAGUGGCAAUCAGAAAACAGCAGCUUGCAAGAUGCUUACUUUGGGAGGAACCAGUUUCCAAGCAAGUUAAGCAGAGAGGAUUUAUGUAUACAUUAUUCACUCUCUUUAGAUUGUUUCAAGGCAGGUAUGCAUCUUCCCUUAUUGGUAGAGCAAGAGCUCAAGCCUGACUGAGAUCUUUGGGUACUACUGUAAUAUACAUUUAAAUGUUUGGGGAUAGAUUAUUCCUCAUAAUACAUGAGUUCAAUCAUUAAAACAAGGAUGGGUCAAGAGGCUUAAUUAUAAGGUGUGUCAAGUUCUGCAAUGAAAGGAAUAAAGUUGUAGUUUUUGUAAAUGUUAGAAGCCUUUUGGCUGAAAACCAUAGGACGAAAGCACUUCCUGUUCCCACUGAAAAUGGAACAAUGCCUGCACUAUACUUAAGUUUGUAGAUAAUUGGAAGAUUCAUGAUGUGCAAGGUUAUUAUACGUACAGCUGCUUUUUUUGUUUGUAAAUACCACACAUACAUCCCUAGGACAAGCUUCUUCCCUGACCCAAAUUCUCCUGACAAGAAAAUAUACACUAAACAUGGUAAAUGAUUUAAGAGUUGGUCACCAAACACCACAUAUAGGUAAGUUUGGUUUGUCAUGUCAAGCUUGAGAUUAGUGUUUAUCUAAAGAGUGUCUGAGACCCUAAGAGCACCCCAAGUCCAAAGGGCACGCUGUCAUGAUAUUUAUGCAAAAGAUGGCAUGUAAUAUAUCUUUGAAAAACUAAUAACUCACUGAUCAUUAAUAUUCUUGCAUGAUAUAUGUAUGGUCAACCCCCAGUGAACGUUACAGCUAUUUCUAGAAUGUGACUAAAAUAUGUUUGAACCAGGCAUGGCAGGGCAGCUGAUAAACAAGUUUUCUCCAGACAAAGGAAACAGGCCAAUGCCUUAAACCUGUGCAGGAGUGGCCAAAUUAAGUGAGCUAUUCAUUUGUAUCAGAGGUUGCAGGAAGAGAUCACUUGCCUUAUAAAAAUCAUCUGCAAGGGAGAAGACAGCAUGGUGUCCACACCCAGCAAGGAAAAGCAACUUUAUCUGGGGAUGAGUUUCAGCAGAAUAUAUUUCAGGGGUUUACUGGACUACAAGGAGAGCGGGAGUGAACCCCUAAGUUAUCCUUCACCCAAGGAAACAAAGGAACCUGAGCAUAGCCAUGGGGAAAAAAUAAGGACUUCGGUUAAGAUAAAUCAUGUCACAUUUCCGUUAGCUGUAAGAGUGCAGCAGAACAUCAUGAACUACUACUGGCCACAGGUGUGA